AUGGAACCCAAGGUGAUCUUAGAGAUCCCCCUAGAUAUCUCGCAACAAAACCUAGUCGAUCUCUCCAAAAUUGGUUCGCCCGAGAAAUUUCGCCUCGUCGAAUGCGCAGCUCUAAUUAGCAAUCAAGACCCCAUCCUCCGAAUUGUACAGUACGAAAAUUUCAAAUUUGGCAACCGACCGCCAGCUGCCUACGCGGCAAUCUCGUAUAUCUGGCAAGGAAACCGCACCGAUUCGCUCUCAGGCACAAUCGUUUAUCAAAUCAUACAACAGGCAUGCAUUGCGUGCAAGCGUCGUCGAUUAGAUUAUAUCUGGCUUGACAGACUCUGUAUAAUGCAAACUGAUAGCAACGACAAGGCAUGGCAAAUCCAGAGGAUGUUCGGUAUUUACAAAACGGGGCUCCCGCUGGUUUUGCCCGGUGGCCUCAUGAAGCUGGUGCGCUUAGAUGAAGAGACAGACUGGAUCCUGCGCGCUUGGACGUUGCAAGAGGCAAUUGUGUCCGAAGCUUAUGUGCUUGUUUCGGCAGAGGGCCUUCAUAUUCCUCUCGAAAGACCCUUGGUUGAUUUGAUAGUAUAUGACGACCCCCGACGCUGCAUGUGUCGUGUGGAGUCUGUCGUACCUGAUAUGUCUGCCUUUUGCAGACUCGCGGACCUCCUCCAAGUCAUUCGCCGAGGGUCAGGGGAGGCUAUUUGCCAAAUGAACGCCAACGCAGAAACAACAGUGAUGCAUUUGAGAAUUUUUGGAAACUACCAAACGCGGAAGAGGGAGAUCACUGCCUUUGCAGACGCUACACAAACAAUCUGGAACGGGUCAAACUGGUCACGACACUCCCUCUGGCAAUCUUCCUUCUUCAGAACUUCCAAGCGACCGGUUGACAUGGUAUUCAGCAUCAUGGGCCUCUUCGGGGUCUCCCUCAAUCCUAAAGAAUUCACGUCAACGGACCGCAUUCGUGCAACCAUAGCUCUUGCACAGGAGUACUUGAAGAGAAGCAACAAAGCCGACUGGUUGAUCGCCGGUUGGAAGGAGCCCCCAGAUAGGCGUCUUUCGUCUUUCCCGGAGCUCCCGGAAACAUCCGCAUCCACGGCUCCACAGUUUUCCACGGAGAAAGAUGACAUAUCGAAUGAACCUGACACGUCUCCCUAUGAUAUCCGGCACCGCUUUGACAGUAGUUGGGUCCCCGGUGGCAGAAUGGACGAUGAGGGCUACUUCUACUUUACAACCAAGGCUGUGCGAGUGGCCAGCAACGCUCUGGAAACAUGCCAGGCGUCUCCAUGUUCGAAUCAGCCUCAAGCAACCCCGUCUGGGUUACUUAGGGCACUGGACGGGAGCCUUUGGGAGCCACAAACAGGUGAAGCUUUGCCGGAGCAACGUGGCCCUUGCCACUCCAGCCAAGGCCGAGAACUGUUUGCAGCUGUGGUGAGCCUUGGCUUUGGUCAGGGCUAUACCAGGCACGCGAAGGCUGUUUUACUGGAAGAACAUACACCAGGAAAGUUCCAUAGGCUUCCGAUAUUCUUCGAAUUGGCACAGCAUACGUUGGAGGAAUGGAGGGACAUGGAUCUUAAUAUGGGGCCGGUUCGAUAG